UGCAGGUGCGGAGCGGGUGCUGCAGCAGGGCAGGGAGGGCACGUGGCUCUGGGCCCCGGCCUGGCAAGUGCCGUGUGGCCCGGGACCUGGUCUUUGCUCCAGACGCCUGGUGGCACUGCAUAGACAGCAGCCACGCUGUCCGUCUGGCCCAGGACCCCACACGCAAACUUUCAGCUCCUUGCCGCUGCUCCGAGGGCCACGGACGUGCCUUAAGCCAGGGCGAGCUGAGCGUCCCCCCUCCCCAGGGAUGUGCCCCAGCGCCGGGGCUCCCUGAAACGCCGCGGGGUGGGAGCGGGUCCUGCUGGCUUUGCCCCACGGCCGCAGUAACCUCGCUCCGGCUGGUAGCAGCUCCCACGGCCCCUCCUGGCUCGUGCCUUCUGCAGCCCCACACGAGAACGACGGCUCUUGCCCAGGGAGCCGUAUGCCGAGGCGAGCGUGGCCGCCGCUCGCCGGGGCGUUGUGCCCCAGUCCAGCGGGCACGCUCGGGAGCUUUAGGCACUGCUAGCUGGCCCCUCACCCUGCUUGGCCAGCUGGGUAUGCUGCUGGACCCAGGCCCAGCCCUGCAGCGAUGCCUACCAUGCUGCCCAGUGGCAGAGCGCCGGCGCUGCUGCUUGUGGCAGGCGCUGGUUUCCUCGCGUCCCUCUGUCCUCACCCUCCCUCCCUGCCGUCUCAACCCCUGCCAGCCCACCCGGUGCCCAGCCCAGCCCAGCGGGCCUGAUCCUUGGUGCUGCUGGACUGUAACCAAUGCAUGCCAAAGGUGACAUCAUAAUACCCCACGUGACAUCACUUCUGGAGCAGUGAUGUCACAGUGUGGAAGCAACGGCUGUUUUCUCAGGAUUCCAGGCUGGAGCCCGGGCCUCGCUGGGCGCUGCUCCGGGGGUGAGGAAGGAGCCCCUCGGUGCUGUGGUCUGAACCGGGGUGGGAGCAGUGUGACCCGGGGGUGCGCACGCUCUAGAGUGGGAAGAAGCAGCCCCGCGGGGGGUGCUCGGUGACAGGCCGGGGCGGGGCGCGGGGUCCCUGGGUAGUGUUAGCUGUGGCUGGAGUGAUGAAGCUUCCUGGUCUCUGCGGUUUGGAUGAAGCCCCCCUCCUCUUGCUGCCAGGGGAGCUGCGUGUCGGCCCCGGAGAGGAUGCUGCGUCUGGUCGGGACCAGGCUCGCUCGCAAGUGGUGGAGGCAGCUCUGGGCGCAGCCCCUGGCCAAGCCCGCCUGCAGGCUGCCGUGCUACAGAGCGCUCCCGAGAGCCAAGUACUCGAGUCAAAAAGACCCGGAGCCCGGGUCCUUUGUCAGGAGCACGUUCAACGGGCAGCUCACCCCCGACCACGUCUUCCCCUUCCCCUCAGGUAGGAGGCUGCCGCAGCCCCCGUCCCCUGGGCAGCCCGGGGUAGCAGGGCCAGCACGGCCCCCCUUCCCCCCGCUCUGCUGUGUGAAGGAGGUGAACGACCCCGCCAAGAACGAGAAGCUGGAGGGCAUCGAGGAGGCCACCCUGGCGGGGCUGAAGGCGAUGGGAGCCUUCGGGCUGCAGGUGCCCGAGGAGCUGGGGGGCGUCGGGCUGACCAACACCCAGUACGCGCGCGUGGUGGAGGUGGUGGGUGUGCACGACCUCGGCGUGGGCAUCAGCCUGGGUGCCCAUCAGUCCAUCGGCUUCAAGGGGAUCCUGCUGUUCGGCACCAGGAGUCAGAAGGAGAAGUACUUGCCCAAGCUGGCAUCUGGCGAGACCGUCGCCGCCUUCUGCCUGACGGAGCCCUCGAGCGGCUCCGACGCGGCCUCCAUCCGGACCGUGGCCGAGCCCAGCGCCUGCGGGAACUUCUACACGCUCAACGGGGGCAAGAUCUGGAUCAGUAACGGAGGGACAGCAGAGAUCUUCACCGUGUUCGCCAAGACGCUGGUGAAGGAGGGGACAGGGGAGGUGACGGAGAAGAUCUCUGCCUUCAUCGUGGAGAGGGCGUUUGGGGGUGUGACCAGUGGCCCCCCGGAGAAGAAGAUGGGGAUCAAGUGCUCCAACACAGCGGAGGUGCACUUCGACAAUGUGAAAGUGCCUGCGGAAAACCUGCUUGGGGAGCUCGGCAAAGGCUUCAAGGUGGCCAUGAACAUCCUGAACAACGGGCGCUUCGGGAUGGCGUCUGCCCUGGCCGGCACCAUGCGGGGUGUGAUCGUCAAGGCGGCCGAGCACGCUGCUGCACGCACGCAGUUUGGGAGCAAGAUCAGCCGCUACGGCGCCAUUCAGGAGAAGAUCGCUCACAUGGCCAUGCUGCAUUAUGUCACUGAGUCGAUGGCCUACGUGCUGAGCGCCAACAUGGACAUGCGGGUGCCCGACUACAAACUGGAGGCUGCCAUCAGCAAGAUCUUUGCGUCGGAGGCCGCCUGGCACGUCACGGACGAGUGCAUCCAGGUGCUUGGAGGAAUGGGCUACAUGCAGGAGACUGGGGUCGAGAAGGUCAUGAGGGACCUGAGGAUCUUCCGGAUUUUCGAGGGCACCAAUGACAUCCUGCGGCUGUUUGUGGCACUGGCGGGCAUCGAGUAUGCCGGGGACCAGUUAAAGCGUCUGCAAAAAAACCUCCUGAAGCCGGCGGGGAAAGUUGGUGCCAUCCUGCAGGAGAUCGGGCUGAGAGCGAAGCGCAAAGUCGGGAUUUCCACUGGUUCCUCGCUGCAGGGCAUCGUUCACCCGGACCUGGACGGCAGCGCGGACCUGGUAGGAGUGUCCAUAAAGAGACCCUUGUUUUCCAGAGCUCCUUGUUUAGCACUUUGGGGGCUAGCGAGGGGCUGGCCUGCAGGCAGGGGCGGAUGCUCGCAGGUGGAGCUGCAAGCGUGCUGGAGCCCCGGGGCUGGGCCCACAGCGCUGGACCCCUCGCAGCUCCGGCACAGCCCUGCCAGCGAUGGUUGCCUGCAGCAGAGCUCUGCCAUGCCCUGCUCUGCCCUGCCCGCAACGCUCUCGCCAACAAACUUGUCCCGCCUGGCUGGGUCCUGCCCGUGGUGUACCCAUGCAGCUCUUCCAGGGCACGGAGCCACGCACACAGCUGGCCCCAUCCUGCCCAGGCUGGGGGUCACACGUGUGGCUGCCUCACCACGGCCUCUCCCCUCAGACAAGCAGUUCCACCUGAAGCGCAUAGCCGACGCCACCAUCGACAUCUAUGCCAUGGCCGUGGUGCUCUCCAGGGCCACGCGUUCCCUGUCGCUGGGACAGCCGACCGCGGAGCACGAGAAGCUCCUCUGCCAGACGUGGUGCCAUGAGGCGUUCGAGCGCGUGAGGGGGAACCUCCGGGCAGUGAAGUCCCCGCCGUGGACCCAGAGCUUCACCAACAAGGAGCUCAUCUCGGAUGCCGUGGUGCAGAACGGCGGGGGCCUGGCCUCGCACCCGCUGAGCUUCUGAGGGCGGGGCGCGGGCUGGCCUCACG